GUGAUGUCCCGUGGGGGCGAUUUUUUUCCUUGUUUCUCUCGCUCCGGUCAAAAAUGGCAGCGGAAGAAUGACGGAAGACUGCAAGCCUUUAUAUAUAUAUAGAUCUACCUUGAUCAAAACACUGAUUGUCUUCUGAUUCUUCAGACUUUUUUAAAGGGCAGCUUGUUGUUUUAAACUUUCUACGAGUACAAGUAGAUUCUAGAUCUACCGAUAUGACUGACAUGGAUUCUGAAGGCAGCAUCAAGCUCCCUGACCACAGCCUUCCGUCAGACUACAGCGACGUCCAACCGCACAGCUACGACCCGGACUACAUCUCACAGAUCAGCAGCAAGAUGCAAGUGCCUCAUAGAAUCGCCGUUGGGUCGGGUGCAACCAGUCGAGACGUCCAGAUGAACGGGUCCUACGAGGGCGGCCAGCAGUACGCGGGGAUGUCGGUCCCGGACAAAAUCAUCGUGGCAGUGGAGAGCGGGGAAGAAAUCCAAUCCCUGGGGGCAGCUGAAGAAAUUCAGCGUCUUGUGGAGGAAUCGUCGUGCAAAUUCCCCGACAUGAGGAUUCCAUACACACUAGUUGUGGGCGGAGACAACCAGCACAUCGGGAUGCGCCAGGACUUGACCUUGGACGUAGGCCCGUCGUCGCAGGUGUCCUCGGAGAGCCUGUCCUACGUGGGCCUCAUGACCCCGCCACGCGUCCUGACCUUGGAGGAGACGUUCCCCUCGGUGGAGGAGAUGGAGGAGAGGGGAGGGGAGGUGGUGGGAAGUGCCGGGGACGCGCUCAGGAUGGCUGCCCUCAACGGACAAGUGUGGCUAAGCUGACGCGGCGUGUGCAGGUGAUAGAGCAGGAGAACCAGAAGCGAGCGCACCGAGAGAUCGUGGCCUACCCCAUCAUCCUCGGCUACUUCCUGUGGAAGAUCCUGAGCUGGUUCACACGCGACCGGUGAAGCGUUCGGCGCGGCAGUGCUGAUGGUGAUGGUGAUAUCGCAGAUACUCCUGGUGAAGGGGGGAGGGGGGUCGUGGUUUGGUAGGAAGAGAAGGAGCGAGGGGAAAGGGUGGGAGGGUUAAAAAAAAAGAAA